UAAUUCAAACUGACCACACUAUUCUUUAUGUCUACAAAUAUGAAUAUGAAGAGAGUAAAUUGUAGUAGUUAUUCUUUAUCACACUUCUUAGUAAAGGCACAUUAAGUGGAGACUAAAAAAAAUAACCGCAUGUUGGCAAAGAGUGUGAGAAGGCCCCCGACCCUGACAUGAUUUUAGAUGCUAUGUCACCAUAGGGAAAUCUCUCAUUUCUUAUUACAGUAAGGUAGAGGGCACACAGUUUAUCUAAAUGGGUUGCAGAGUCCAAAAAAAGGCCUGAGGCACAUAAAGCCAAAUAAAUAAAACAAAUUCAAAGCCCCAAUGCUCAGCCAGUACUGUAACUGAAACCUGUGUCUUCUGCCUAUGUCUUUGCUCACCUUCAAGUCUUGACUCUUAUUAUCUUCUGUCUACUAAUUCCUGUCCUCUUGGUAAUUUACAGAUCCUACUCCCUAUGAGUCUAUUUUAGUUUUCCUGCUCUAGAUGCCUUGCAGUCCUUCUUUAUUCCAUUCUCUUUUGAAUGCUAGUGUGUUGUCUUUCUGCUAUCAUUGCAGCUUGUUGCUCACAGCUCUUCCCUUUUCUGCACAUGCUUAGUGCUUUUUUUUUUAUAUUUCAACACUUGCUUAUUUGUCCACGAGCCUAUUUCUCUAGUUUGCAGUUGGUAAUUCGGAAUCCAGUAGCUACACUUUUUUUUUUCCUUUGCAUGCACAUCGCCUUUAUCACUUUGUCUUCUUGGUGUCCACUCUGCUUGUACUGUUUAGCUGCUUUUCUCCUACCCUCUUCCAAACCCCUCAAAAUACAGGAUUACUAUUUUGCUGCCUUUCUUCACAUUCGAUUCCACUUCCAUUUUUAGGCAUUGGCGCCUCGUCUAUUUCCUCCAUACCACAGUAAAAUCCAACUGCUUUAUACAUUCCGUACUGGAGCUUAAGCCCUACAGCUUUCCUUUUUCCCCCUGUCUUCCCCAUUGAAAAGCCCUACAGCUUUCUUUUUUUCCCCUUUCUUCCCCAUUACACAGGUUCUGCCUCUACUCAGCCACUCUCCUUCCAUGAUCAAAUUCCACUGCCUGCUCUCUGCCUCCUCCCCUCUCCAACAUCAGGUCCUGCUGCCUACUUUCACCAAACCCCAUGCUACAAGAUCAGGUCCUGAUGCCAGCAUGCUAGUACAUAUUAUGGUCAUCCCACAAAAUGAAUUUGUAGAGUGUCAUCAAUGGUUAUUUUUUACGGAAACUCAAGAAAGUGACAAAACUUCCAAAACAAAACACUGCCUUAUCUAAAGUUUUAGCCACAUAUUGUUUGUACCACAAACAGCAAUUAGUACUUAUGCUGAAAUUCUUAAGAGAGGAACAGAAAACAUGUUCACAAGUUUGCUGUGGUCAUCUACAAGUUUCUGAACAAGCAAAAUCAUCUAAAAGAACAAAAAAAACACCAGCUGUAUUUAACUCUUGCACAAAGGAAAAACUCAGCAACUGUGUUACUCUUAAAAAGCAAGCCUCCUCUGCUAAUCUGCCUUAUCUGUCUGUCCGCCUAAAAGAUUUACGCCUUACAUGGCCUAAUUUAGCCUUAGGAACUGUGAAACUGAAUCCCAUUAAACGUGGAGAUUUGCACCUUACAUCCAAUGAUCAGGUUUUGCACUGCAUAAAUACACGUUCAAAAAAGAAGAAAUUAUUUAUUCAUUGUUCUAGUAGGUACCGUGCCAUCAGUUGUUCUUCGUCUUUACCCCGUUUGAAGUUGCAAAGAAUUGCAACACGUUUGGAUGGAACCAUAGUAAAAAGUGACUUGAAAUAUCGCAAUCAACCUUCAUCACCCGUUUUUUUAAAAAACAAAUCCUGCCAGACCGAAGGAACCCACAAGACUGUGUUUAAAAGUUCAAAUACUAAGGAUCCAUCAUGUGGCAUUGAUGGGAAACAGAACAACCUAAUGCCUACAGAAAAAAAUGCUAUUCAAAGUUCUCAGGAAAAAUGUAAAAUUGGCUCAGUACAUUUUGGAAAUUUAAUUAAGCACCUUCUAAACCGUUCCAAAACAAGCCAUUUUGUGGAGCUGCUAAAUCAAGAUACCAAAAAUCUAGAGAAUACAAGGAUACAAACACGAUUCCAAACAAGCCAACAAAAGUCACCAAUAUUUGAUUGCUCUUUGCCUAGCAGUCAGUCAUUGGAAUUUACUAGCAAACUUAAUUUCUGUAACACUUUUCCUAAGGAAGAAAAUGGUUAUGAGAAAGAUUUGCAGAAAUCAACUGAGAAUAUGGCUAACCCAGUAGGCUCUAAAAAACGGAAGGUUUGUGACAUUUUAGUCACAAAGGAUCCGGAAAAUACUCCAACAGAGAGUGUAGCACAAGAAACUAAAACAGAACUACCUCAUAGUAAAUCAAGAAUACAUUCUAAGAAUGUUCGUUGUGUCAAAAAUAGUCAACCAUGUUUACCUGAAGUCUCAAUAUUUUCAGCAACAGAGAAUAUAAAUAUACAUAAAAGACGUUCUCACCAAGAUUCUUUUUUUGAAUGCAACAUUCCUUUAAAAAGAUAUUCCAAAAAUAUUUUGGGAAAAUGCAAACUAUGUGAUGUCUCUCAUGGGCAGUGUUCUUUUCCAGAUAACCGUAAUUUAUUUUGCAAAUGCACCAUCAAACACAACUCAGGGAUUUUAAAGAACUUUAAAAGAGGUGCACUGUUGGGUAGGAAUACUACUGAUAAAACAAGAAAUGCCCACUUGAAGGUAGUGGUAGAACGUUUGGAAAACACCAUUGGUUCUGGUGCACAAAUUCCAGAAAGAAGCAAAAAAGAAAAUUGUGAAACUAGAGAAAGCACGAAUAAUCAAGGCGAGAGACUUGAGUUGCCAUCAGACCAGUUGUCCAUAAACCCACGAAUAUCUGAUAGAUCAAGCAAUCAUCUAUCGUUAAGAUCAGCAUCACGGAAGAACCAAGGUGAUUUAGUUUUAGGUUCAAAGUCUAUAACUCAUAAUUCUACACCAUGCAGAAUUUCCGAGAACACAUACAUUAGCCCAAUUAAACUUAUGUUUAUUUCUAAGAUUGAAUCUGAAGAUGGAGAAAAAUAUGCUUUAAGUCCUGUAUGUACUCCACAUGAUGACAACAGAGAUCACCAGCCAAUAGCUGCAUUUAGAAAACAAUCCAAUGAUGCACAAAGCAAAGAUACAAUAGAUGAUUGUCUCAGUCAAUCUGACAAUCCAAGUAACUUUCAUAAUUCAAAGUGCAAAGUCAUUACAUCUACAAGUCCAUCAGAAGCCUAUGUAACUUCUCCAAAUCAUCAUAAAAAUGUAUAUACUUUAAGGAGAAAAUUGUUGGGGUCUAAUAGGCUUGGUCACCACAUCCUGAGAAAUGUUGGAAAAUCAACUGUUAAACAAUCAAGGUCAAAGAAUCUUGACAAGGAAAUGCCUAUUAAAAUUAAAAAUGACCUAAAGAUUUCUAUUCCGUAUAAGACAAACAAAAUUGUUACCCGCUCUAAACUAGCAGAUCAUUUGAGAGAAACAAGGACCACUGAAACCUAUAUAGCCAAAAAUAUAUCCAGCACACAGAUUAAAAUAAAAAAACUGCACAAGAUUCUGGAUUCUCCUGUGUCUUCUGACUUUACAAAUGUACUCCCAGGAGAAAAUAUUGGGCCACUUGAAAGCGAGAACUGCAAAAUAUCGCUAAGACUUUCCUCUCGCCUCCAAAAGCAGAAGAAGCCUUCAACUUUCCCUAAUCUGUGUGUGGUUAAUGAAUGCAGCUCAGAGCAGAAAAAAACAAAGAACAAAAUCAAUUCAGAUGUUCAACGGGAAAAUAGUAAAAAAGCUUAUACCAUGGGAAAAUGUCAAGCAGAGCAAGACCUUAACCAAAAAACAAGACCAGGGAAGCACAAAAGUCUGAAAUCCCGAUUGAUUAGGAAGCAGGUCUUGUCAAAUUAUAUGACCAGGUCUAAAAAGUCACCGUUAUUUGCACUAUAUUAUGGUUCCCAGUCAAAAUUUUCUGUAAGAUGUGCCUUAUUCCAUAAAUCUAAAAAGCAUAGCUUUGGAAAAAGUAAACAUUACAGAAAGAAAUUGAGAAGUUACAAGCAGCAGUGUAAGGCACCAUUAAUACACUUGAAUAGUGUUGAUAAUGAAAAUCAAAGUCUAUGUACUUCUACAUAUCCUGAUCUACAGGCUGACACUGCUAUUGAGUGGUGGUCUGCAACAACGUCAAAUGAGACUUUGCUAAACCAUUUAGAAAGCAAGUAUGAACAUAUUGCAAAGACGUGGGUCGCUGAGAACACUGUAGAGAAUGACGGUGAAACACAAUUGUCGCCAGUCUGCAAGUUCUCCAGCUCAGAAUCAAGGUCACCCAUUCAGAUGCUUUUUCAGAAAAAAUGUGACAUGAAUGACCUUGCUACCUGGUUUAUGCAAACAACAGAAACUCAAUCCCUUUCAAUAGUGAGAAAAGCUAAUGCCCGCAAACCUGGAAAGGGGUCUAGGAGAAAAACAAAACAGCCCGUCAAUUCUUCAGUUUCCAAAAACGACUUGAAAAAAUGCAGGCAGCUGACACAGUCUUACACAUUAGAAGAACUUCAUCCGGUUUCUAAAUUUGUCCAUCCUGAAAGCCUUUCCCUGAAUUUAAGCAAGCACAAGCGCAAAAGUAGCAGUGAUAAAACCAAAGAUGUCUGUUUAAACUUUUCAUGUGCUGGUGAGAAUUUGAAUCUGAAGGAGUUUUGCAGAACAAAAGUCAGUGCUGCAGAAUCCACUGUCAAAGAAACUGUGCAGUUAACCAAAGAUGAUCCAAAAGCUUCUACUAGCCUUAGAAUGGUACAAGUGUCUUCACCACCAUCACACGCUGAGUCAAGGGCUCAAAUUUCUACCAAUAAAAAUAUGAAGGCAUUGAAAGAAAAUGAGCCUAAAUGCUCCAUUGGGUGCCGAAACAGCAAACUAAGCAUGAAAGACUGCAAAGUUUUUUUAAGAAAAUGUGAAAGUAAAGAAACAAAAAUGUUACUUUCAAAUGAAGUAUCCUCUGAUGGAAAUGACAAGUGUAGUGUGAAGUCAGGUUUGGGACUGAACGCUGGUUUUAGCACAAAAUAUAGACUUCAAGUGGGCAAAACCCUUACCAAACGCAGAUGUUUUAAAAAAGUAAACACACUCAGCUGUAGAUAUGCAAUGUGCCUAAGGAAACUGAGAGGAACUGUACAGCGUGACAGCCACUGCAAUACUUCAGUACUGCAAGAAAGAAAAAAACACAUGAAAGUUGCCUUUUAUCUAGAAAAAAACAAAAACCGUCCUAAAGAACAGCGUUCAGUCACAGGAAAGGCGCACACGGACUAUACAAAACUUCAGAUAGUUGAUAUUCCAUCCCACCAGCAUCCUUCCAAAAAUAAAUAUAUUUACUGGGUGGACUAUAUGUUCAAAGAGAUCUCCAGUGAGGAGAAACAUCUCCAGUAAAGUGUACUAGCUCAUUAACUGGACCUCUAAAGCCUGUUGGAUUUCCUGCCACUAGGGGUCUUCUCAGUAAAUUUGGCAGUUAUUCAUUAACGCCCAUCCGUAUUCCACUC